UACCAUCUGUGAGGGGCUCCCAAACUGAGACAGACUUUAUUAUUUUACUUUUUUUUUUUUUCAGCGCAGCUGAACGACAGUAUGCCCCUGUAUCGUUCGUCACUUCAACCUCCAGCCUGGACACUUCUGGAGUUACGGUGUUGAACAGAACAGGGUGGACCGCCGCUUUCUCUCCAGUUUGAAGUGUCAGGUCCGUUCAGGUAGCGGCUGCUGGCUCUGCACAGCAGCGGAGGUAAGAGAGGAGCUUCGCGGCGGGACUGUCCCGGAGCUGGCCUCUCCAGCUAACUUGGCUAACUUAGCUAGCUAGCGAGCUAAGUCAUUAGGAGCGGUGUGUGUGCAAGCUACACAAUAAUGCGAUAAAUGCUUGUUCGCAGUCACGUAAACCCAGAAAAACUCUGUGAUUUGACUUAUUUUAAAUGUCUUUAUUACAGCACUAAGUUUAAAUUUUUUUUUAUCAAGUAGUUAGCAGAGUCGGAGCAGGCAAGUUAGCAUGAUUGUUUACAGCAGGUGCUGUUUCCUGUGUCCUUUCAAAGUAAAAGCAUACCUUAGCCUUGAUUGGUUUAGAAGUCUAGCAGACGAAGCUUUGAUUCUAUAAAUUAUUUACAAACGUGUUGCAAAUCUAUUAUUAUUCUAAUUAGCAUUACCAUUAUACCAAAAUCCCGAAUGCAGCUCAUCACGAUAUGUUUUUUAUUUUGAAGUCUGCGUGCAUAAUUUUUUUCUUCUUUAAAACCUCGAGCUGUCUAGAGCAACUAGAGGUUAUUCGUUUUCAGGGACCCAGCAGCCAGAGUUCAAGUCGCUAGCUUUACAGCUGCUAGCCAACACACACACACACACAAGCCUCCUGAAGCGAGUCAUCUGCUGUUGACGGGUUGCCAGCAUGCUAAUAGGGACAGUUUAACCGCAGCACACUGCAGUCAGUCAGCCUCCUGUCCGACUCCGUAGGUCCAGCCGAGCCGAACUCCGCCGAAGCCAUGCGACAGUGGUGUGUCCCCGCUGCGACCCCACGGGCUGAACCGCUCCCGGGGCGCCUGUCCGUGUCCCCCCCUUCCUCAGAUCCGCGAGUGGAGUGCUGCGAAGCAGAGCCGCGCUACACCAUCGAGCAGAUCGACCUCCUGCAGCGCCUUCGUCUCUCGGGCAUGACCAAACCGCAGAUCAUCCACGCCCUGGAGUCCCUGGAGAGGCUGGACCCGGACCACCGCCCGUCGCUCUGCGACUCACACCCCAACCCGGCCACCGCUGCCCAGGCCCCGGCCCCGUCCUCGUCCUCGUCGUCUUCCUUCUCCUCGCUCUCCCUGGCCUCCGCCACCACGCAGACCUCCGGCCUGGACGGCGCCGCGCUGUCCCCGAGCAACAGCUGCGAGGCCUCACCUCCGCCCCUCUGCACGCCCACUGUGGUGGUUCAGCGGUCAUUCAGCUACGACAUGAUGGGGGAUGAGGACUGGGACCUUGAGGAGAAAGUGGAGGAGUACAUGAGGAGAGACAGCAACCUGGUGAAGGAGGAGAUUAAAACUUUCCUCAACAAUCGCAGGAUCUCUCAGGCAAUCGUGGGCCAAGUCACAGGCAUCAGCCAGAGCUACAUCUCCCAGUGGCUGCUGCAGCAGGGCCUGGAGAUGAGUGACUCCAAACGCAGAGCCUUUUAUCGCUGGUAUUUGCUGGAGAGGAACAAUCCAGGGCUGAGGUGGAGUGAAAGCCAGCACAGUGUGAGCCCCGUGCCCAGGGCCAGGGAGGGGGACAGAGACAGGACGGUAGCCGGGACAGUCGGCUGCCUCCCCAGGAUCUUCCCCAACCCCAACACCACCCUCCACCCCGGCCAUCACUCAUCAUGGAGCAGGCAGAGAGAGCUGCUGAUGCACCUGCUGCCGUGGUACACGGCUGCUGCAGCGGCGGCAGCAGCCGCCCAGGUCCAGCCAGGUGCCACCUUGUCAAUGCGCUCGUUGGUGAAGGAGGAACCUGACUGGAGGACAGGGAUCAUAGCUGGGGACCGCCCAGGGAUAGUGGGUGGUCCUCUGAGGCUGCGACGAGGAAGCAGGUUUACCUGGAGGAAGGAGUGCCAGUCAAUUAUGGAGAGUUUCUUCAUGGAGAAUCAGUACCCAGAUGAGGCAAAGCGGGAGGAGAUUGCCAACGCCUGUAACUCUGUCAUCCAGAAGCCAGGCUGUAAACUGUCAGAGUUUGAGCGCGUGACGGCUCUGAAGGUGUACAACUGGUUCGCCAACCGUCGGAAAGAGAUGAAGAGACGAGCAAAUAUAGCAGAAGCCGCCAUCUUGGAAAGCCAUGGAAUCGAGGUGCCAAGUCCGAGUUGCCACUCCAACGGCGAGGAAGCAGAGAUGCAAGAGUUUGCUGAUCAGGUGAAUCAUCGAUUCUCUGAGCAGGAGGACACAUCUUCCCAGAGGGUUCUUGACCAACAAGAUCCCUCCUCAAUGGCCACUGUGGAGGUGUUGGCCCCGCCAAGUCCCAGCUCUCAGGUUAUGGAACAGAAAGAUGAUGAUUCAAAAAAAGAGUCCAUGGAUGAAGAGUGACUAAAGCCAGCAUUUUUUUUUCAGUCAGCAUAAUUUGAUUUUGAAUCAAAUGAAAUAGGACAAGAAUAAAUGCCUCUUGCUUCACCCAUGUAGGACCUUUUGGGCCCGUGACACCCAGAGCGCUAGUGGAAGAGGGUGUUGAAGCUGACUGAGGUGCCUCAGACGGUGAGGAGGGCACUGUAUUUAUCAACUGUAAUCCUGCUUAUAUUAAUGGCAAUAUACAGUGUAUGUAUAAAUAUAUAGGGUAUAAGGUAUAUAGAGUACAUCAAUAUAUAGUGCAUUCCAAGAUGGUAUUAAAACGCCUAAAUUCUUCAGAGGAAAGGUUAUGUAAAAAAAAAUACCUCACCACUUUAAGCUAAGCUUUUUCUGUUAACUUUGCCACACAACUUGUUUUGUUGUUUUUUAAGAGUGCGCUGCCUGGUGACAUGAAUGUGCUGAGCCUGCAGGUCAGGUAUGAUUGGGUGUGAGGUAAAGUGUGGUCUCAUUUGGUGAGGGGGCAGGAAGUCCUCUUCUUGUUUUAAUGUCUUUCACUCCACCUGGACUGUGAGACGAUCGAUUGGUUGCCAUCCUAUCCGUUAAAGCCCUGAGGAACAACUCAAAUCUCAGGUAAUCCCAAAAAAAACCAAGACGGUGAUGAAUGGCACCAAGUUUGUCUCAACACUUGCUUUAUGUUCUUUGUCUUUAAAGAUCGCCAAAUGUUUAUAUCUUUCUUAUUAUAUCCAAACAUGCCUAGAAGAAAUUGCUAGUUUAUUUCUUUAUAUUCAGUGAUGCUUUUUAGUUACUUUCAUGUCCUAAAACUCAGCCAGGGAAGCUCGACGAGUAACACAAAGUGUGCUCUUUAAAAAGAAAAAAAAGAAAAAAUGAUAAGAAAUUGUUUGUUGUGUCCAGAAAUGAUACAAGCAUUGUUUUUAAGGCCUCUUGCAGUUUGUAUGACGAUCCCGCUAUGACGUAAAAAUUAGCCAAAACAUGAUGGUUUUAACAAAGGAGUGUAUUAGGAAUGCAUUUGGCCCAUUCUGUUCAGUAGAGUGUGAUUGGUGGCUUUAAGCAUGUGCAAUGUCUCCAUUAGAGGUUUAUGAAGCAGCUGUACACUGGAUUCUUUGGGUUCCAAUUCCCAACAAUGACAGGGGGUUAACAAUGGUGUCCAUAUUCUUAGUUGAUUGAUAUUAUUUAAAUGAAAUUUUUCCGGUUAUGGAUGGGUCAUGAGUGCAAGAAAUCUAGAAGGGAGAUCUAGAAAUCUCUCUUCCCAGAGACACUUUUCACAGUUCCCCUUUGAAGAUUCUAUUUAGUGUUCCCAGGUAAGAGUGUAUACAAAUUCCUUCAGUGAGUUCUGGGUCUGUCCUGGCGUCUCCUUCCACCAGGAUAUAUCCAAAAAGGGGGCGUUAGGAAUGAUCUUAAUCUAAUGCCUGAACCCAGGCUCAUUUGAGCCCUUUCCAUGCAAGGAAGGCCCUGAUGCAUAGAUCCAUAGCAGAUUCUGUCCCCUCUUCAGUGACAAUCAAGACUCCCAGAUCCAUGGACUCCUGCUGGAUGCAGAGACUCACCUCUUGGCCUGGAGGUAGACUUCCAUCACUAGGGAAAAUUUGAAUAUUGAGAAGGAUGACAUUACAAAUUAGAAAAUGUGUAGGAACCCUGCUGGUCCAAAAGAGUUGUGCCAGGGUAUGUGUCAUGAGGAUGCCAAAAGUUUUGGAAAAAAAAGUCUUUAGUUGCAUCAUAAUCAUCGUCACUUCGAAGGGGAUUUUGCUAAUUUGUCUCCCAUCUAUCCUCACUCUGUAAGGCCGUGUGGAUCUUUAGUGGAGUAGCGGGGUCGUCAUCCAGUGUGAAGAGGGCUUAACAGAGAAAACGCUAACGCCUCGUUGAAAUUUGCUUAAAUAAGUGAAUUUCACUCUUAAGUGUAUUAACCCAUAUUAUUAAAAAUAAACCCCUUACUGGGUGUUUUUUGUUCAAAUAGCAAAAUAUUGUUUUUCAAACUUUGGAUUGAAAAUUUGCUCUACUUUUUGCAUUGUAUAGAUGAUACUGAUUGGCCAAAGGCCUCAGGAGUUACCUCCAUAGUGUUCAUAUAAUGAACAGAAAUGCUUGUUCCCAAAUGGCCCCCAGCAGGGUGCCACCAUGUUGCCUCCUAAUGCCAAAGCUGUGCCAAGAAGAGCCGCAGGGCAAUCUGUGCUUACAGGAACAGGAAGUGACAGACAGUUCGUAUGUUUGUUUGCUCAGUACAACACUAGCCACCUCUAGCUUACCUCAGAACAACUAUGUGUCAUGAAUGAUCUACAGACCAUAACUGUCAGGAAACAAUGACGGCAGCUGGUAUUGUGACUCGCUGAUACAGACAGUGUGAUGUAGCAGUUAUGGCAGCAGGUUUUGCCCUGUCUUGGUAGUGUGCACUUACCUCAAACACUUCUUUUGUCUGGCUUUGGACAGGAAUCCCCAAAGCUGCUGCAGUUUCUUAUUAUUCCGCUCCUCUCUACCUGCUUUUAUCUGACAAGGGAAAACAGUAACAAUAAUAAAAGUGUACACAAUCUUU